AUGCACUUCUCACUCCACCUGUCAGCCCUAACCUUACUAGGGAGUCUGCCACUCACACUCGGCGAAAAGGAGACAGAUCUGGGGUACUUAAAGACGACCUCGUUCCCUUCCUGCGAUUCAAGUUACAAACUCGACUGUUUCUGCGAAGCGAAUGCCCAACUUGAGGCUGCAAACGCCAAAGAAAAUCGAAAUGGAUUGAAAUCGGCUUCGGCUUUCACUGCGCCGCAGGUUGAGCUCGCGCCGGAAGUCGAGGAGCUGUGUGCGGAGAAUGGUGUUCCAAAGGAAGAAAUAACAAGGUACCUCUGUGACGAUACCGCGGUCCCCGCAACCCCGCGUAGGGGGAGCACGCCGAUGAUUCGAAUGGGUCAGAAAAAGGCAGAAGAGUCUGAGUCUGAGUCCGAUUGUGGAUCUGCUCAUCACAAGGAACGAGACGAUGAAGAGACGGCGUCAAUCAGGCCAUUAGCCGCAAAGCGCUCCAUCUCUCCCGGCUCAACGAGACUUCUGAUUCCAGAGAACGACUCGCUCGAGAGGGAAGUCGCUGUUGACAAUGACGAUGACGAUGACAAAGAGGAGAAAGAUGAUGAGGACCGUAUGGCCAGCACAAACGCCAUUUAUGAGAUCGUCACAGUCACCGAGACACGCACCGAGUGUUCCUGCGCGGAGACUGCCACGCCAGUUCAUGGCGAUGAGGAGGAUGAAGAAAACAACACACAUAUGAACAUGUCCGGCGCCAUGCAUGGCACGCAAAUCGCGGUUGCGAUCCUGCCGACUCCAUCCCAGAUGAGUGCUGCCCAUGCAGCCCAGUCCGAUAGUGCAUCUACAUCAUCGGUGCGCGUUGCGUCUUCGAACGACCCUGUUCCUACGGGUGUUGAUGCACAGCAGAAGCAUGGAGGGGAUGAGGAUGUUGAUGCGAAGAUGUUUGAAGGUACUGCUUCUGGCGUGGUUGGUGUUUCUAGAGGUGUUGUGCUGGGGCUUUUUGGUGUUGCUGUUGGGUUUGUUCUGCUAUGA